AUGGCGGGCAGUUCUCUCUUCAAAGUCGACGACGACGUGGAAUUCUGGCGGGUGCUCAUCCACUUGAGCGUCUUGGCGCUGUGUCUGCUGGUGUUCGAGCGCGUGCUUCAUCGUUUCGAGCACCACCUCACCCGACACGACAAGUAUCGCCACAUGCUGCGGAAGGUACAGCGAGCUCAUGAUCCUGGGCUUGAUCAGCCUCAUCCUCAAGUGAUCAAGGAGGUCACGACCGUCGACGGGUACAGCAAGACCAUGACCGCGUUCCAGGUCGCAGACCUCAUUAUCUUCGUCCUAGCGAUCGCCCUCGUCCUGCAGGCGGUCUGCAUCUUCUUGCAGCUGCGCAAUCACAGUCGGCGUACGGACCGAGUCGAGCUGAUCUCGACGCAAGAUCUGGUCAACAAGCUGCGUUCUACGCAGCAAGGUGGUGAUUCUACUGCGUGGCUGUGCUCGGCGAGGAUUUCCCACAAAGUUGGCUACAAAGUCGACUACGAACUCGCCAAGGUCUUCAUGGUGCUCGCGUGGCUGUUGUUCGUGCUGCACAUGGUGGCGUUGGGCUACUUCCGCUCCAAGGGUCUGCGUAACUUCUUCCGGACCGAGCCCGACGCCGUACAAGACGUGGAGCCUCGUGUUCAUUUCCGCCUCUCACCCAAGAUCUGGCACGCCAUGGUCAUCUUCCUCAUGGUUCUGAAUGGGUUUUACGUCGCGUUGUUCCUGCAGUGCGCUCUGCACGACCUGGACGAGAUCUACGAUGAGCUUGGGUGGGUCGCGGCCGUCAUCGUCCCGCUUCUUAUCACGUUGAACGUUCUGGUACUGCAGCAGCAAAUAUUCCGCGACUACAUGCUGAGCGCCGACGUGAGCAAACUUCACGCUGUCCUCGAGUCGUUCGGCUACCGUUUGAGUCGGUUCCGGUUCAACAGCGUCGUCCAGCUCCUCUUUGAGCUGCAGGGCGCGGAGGUGGAGUACCGACAACUGAUCCAGCUCUUGACACUCGUGCAGGCGAGCCAGGACGAGAGCGAGCGCUUUGGCGGUGGCGGGUACCCACUCAUCCAGCAGAGCUCGAUGCCGUUUGGAGACGAUCGUAUUCACGAUGGCGCGCGCCCGAACUUCACCAGAGCCUUCUCUUCCACUCGCCACAUUGCGCUGUUGACGGAAUUAUAUCCCAACACCACCAUUGCCCCGAAUAGCAGCAUGGCCGGCAGUCUGCUCCCUCUCCGUCGUCUGGAGCUUCGUCGAUCCGGAGUUCACCACCUCGAUGCGUCCCUUCAACACCUUGUUCACCCUUGUCCUUCACUUCCGUCUCACCAUACGUCGUUCCAGCGCUCACCACUGCAGCAGUCCAGCUCCGUGUCGGACUUUGGGCAAUGCGACUUCGCUUACGCUAAGGCCACUACCCCAAGACAGCAGCACAAAAUGCCGACGAUUAAUGACAGCCCGAAUAACCAAAGGUGCGACCAACGCCCGAUGCUGCAGCGGCGCCAGUUCACAAGGUCCAGCUCGAGGAUGCUGCACGGCAUGUUCAACAUCCGACACUUAUCUCAAUCGAUUGAGGAAUCCGCGGACAGUGAGCCCAUAGUGUAG